CGUAAUGGCUCCGACUCACCGUCGUGGACCUUGGGUCCCUGAAGAGGAUCAGUUGCUACUUCAGUUGGUUCGCGAGCAAGGCCCUAACAACUGGGUGCGCAUCUCUCAGCACAUGCACUACCGUUCCCCCAAACAAUGUCGGGAACGAUUCCACCAGAACUUGAAACCAUCGCUGAACCGGGAGCCCAUCUCUCCGGAAGAGGGCGUGAUGAUCGAGCGCAUGGUGGGCGAAAUGGGCAAGCGUUGGGCCGAGAUCGCACGCCGCCUGGGCAACCGCAGCGACAAUGCGGUGAAAAACUGGUGGAAUGGUAGCAUGAACCGCAAGAGGAGGGGCCUCCCCAACUCGGGCUCUCCUUCGGCUCCCUCCAGGACGCCGAGCGGCCGCAUCGAAGCCCCAUAUACCCGUGCAUCCCACGCCAUGAGCAGCCCCAACAUCCGUCCGCGAUACUCCUCCAUCUCGCAUGAACGCCCUCUUACCUCCUGGUCAAAGUCUUCUUCCUCCCGGAGGCAAUCCUGCUCCACCACCUCUGUCGACUAUCCCCGCCAACUUACACCCAUCUAUACCCUCCCCGCUCUCAACCGCCCCGUGGAAACCCCCUUGACUUCUCCCUCAUUCUCCGAGGCAUCCAACGUUCCAUCCCUCGAACCGCCUUCCAUGGUGUCCGACCACAACUCUGUUUCUUCUGCCUCUCCCCGCACCGUUGCUUCACCACAGCUUCUCCCACUCCCAGCUGAUGUUCGCAUCCAGUACGGAGAGCUACACCGGUCCACUUCAUCUACCUUCCUGCCAUCAGAUGAGAUCUACUUCCCCAAACCGUUGGAACCGUUCUCAGAUGUGUCGUCCAAGCCCCGAUGGGUUCCCGAGCCACAACCAUACUGGCUUUCUCGGGAUGAACCCCGACCCGAGCCGUUCAAAAUCGAGCCAUUGCGCGAUUCCCGCAUGGGUCUAAACAACCUAUUGAAUUGAUCAUGGG